AUGAACGCAAAAAUCGGACGUGUCGAAGCGAGGAUAGACGGAGUGGAGAGGAGAAUGGGCAGAAUAGAAGUGAAAAUGGACGUAUUAGAUAAGAAAAUGGAGAGGAGAAUGGAAAAUGGACGA